AGCGCUGCCCUCUCUGUUUCCUGCACACAUUGCCACGUAAUUAGCGGCAGACACAACAUUCAAGCGACACUUCACAGACUUUUAAAGGUGAAAGAAGACCCGCCGCGCUAACAGACUCCACGGUUUCCAUCACUGUUUUAGCAAUAGCUGACUCGUAAGGAGGUCAUCCGAGAUGCUUAAGUUGUUGAUUGUGUGCGCACUGGCCGCUAUUAGCGCGGCUGAUAUCCCCGAGGAGGAGGACGUGCUCGUACUGAAGAAAAGUAACUUCGAGGAAGCGCUCAAAACUUACCCAAAUAUCCUUGUUGAGUUUUAUGCACCAUGGUGUGGACACUGCAAGGCCCUGGCCCCCGAAUAUGCUAAAGCAGCAGGUAUGCUGAAAGCUGAAGGCGCAGACAUAAGACUUGGUAAGGUGGAUGCAACCGAGGAAUCUGAGCUUGCUCAGGAGUUUGGUGUUCGUGGAUAUCCCACCAUCAAGUUCUUCAAGGGAGGAGAGAAAGAGAACCCCAAGGAGUAUUCUGCUGGCCGACAGGCUGAUGACAUUGUCAACUGGCUGAAAAAGCGAACUGGCCCUGCAGCCAUUACUUUAAGUGAUGUGACACAGGCAGAGUCUCUUAUUGCUGAUAAUGAGGUUGCAGUCAUUGGGUUCUUUAAGGAUGUUGAAUCAGAAGAUGCCAAGGUCUUCAUUAAAACUGCAGAGGCUGUGGAUGACAUCCCCUUUGGCAUCACCUCGGAUGAUGCAGUCAUUUCAAAGUUUGAAGUUGCCAAGGAUGGUGUUGUUCUUUUUAAGAAGUUUGAUGAGGGUCGCAAUACAUUCGAUGAAGAGAUCAGCAAAGAAAAGCUACUGAACUUCAUCAAGGCCAACCAACUUCCCCUGGUCAUUGAGUUUACAGAGCAGACUGCUCCAAAAAUCUUUGGAGGUGAAAUAAAGUCCCACAUCCUAAUGUUUGUGCCAAAAACAGCCACGGACUUCCAGGACAAGAUGGAUCAAUUUAAAAAGGCAUCUAAGGGCUUUAAAGGCAAGAUUCUCUUCAUCUUUAUUGACAGUGAUGUGGACGAUAAUCAGCGAAUUCUGGAGUUCUUUGGUCUUAAGAAGGAAGAGUGCCCAGCAAUCCGCCUCAUUACCCUAGAGGAAGAGAUGACCAAAUACAAACCAGAAACCUCAGAAAUCACAGCAGAGAACAUCAUCACCUUCUGCACAGACUUCACAGAGGGAAAGCUUAAGCCUCAUUUGAUGAGUCAGGACAUUCCUGACGACUGGGACAAGAACCCUGUCAAGGUCUUGGUGGGCAAAAACUUUGAAGAGGUUGCCUUCGACCCUGCUAAGAAUGUCUUUGUAGAAUUUUAUGCCCCAUGGUGUGGUCACUGUAAGCAGCUGGCCCCUAUCUGGGAUCAGUUGGGUGAGAAAUUCAAAGACAAUGCAAACAUUGUUGUGGCCAAGAUGGACUCCACAGCCAAUGAGAUCGAAGAUGUCAAAGUGCAUAGCUUCCCCACACUGAAGUUCUUCCCUGCUGGCGAUGACCGUAAGGUAAUUGACUACAAUGGUGAGAGAACGCUAGAUGGAUUCACAAAGUUUUUGGAGAGUGGAGGAAAAGAAGGUGGAGCACCAGCAGGAGAUGAGGAUGAGGAAUCUGUAUGUAUAACUUGGUUGCAAUUAUUUUUUUCUUCAGUCGUUUGGUUUAACUUAUUGAAUUUUUAGUUUUCAUACUAUAAA